AUGAGUAGAAAUCAAAUGACUAUGGGAUCAGAACAACAACAGACCGCGGGGUCCCGAACGGUGAGUGUGGAAGAGGUACCUGCAGUUCUGCAGCUUCGAGCAACUCAAGACCCUCCAAGAACUCAAGAGGCAAGGCCCACGAGGCACAACGUAAGAUGGGAAGAAAAUGUGAUUGAUAAUGAAAAUAUGAAUAAAAAAAAGACCAAGAUUUGUUGUAUUUUUCAUCCACAAAAUGAGGCUGAAGAAGAGUGCAACCACCCAUCAGAUCAUGACGAAUCUUCUUCUUCGGAAUCUUCUUCUUCGGAAUCUGAGAAUGAGAAAGAUCUUGACUUUAACGAACGCAGACAAAGAAGAUUGGCAAGACGCCAUCGUAAACUUGAGAAAAAAAGGACAUAUAGCCCCAAUGCCUAUGAAAUCCAACCGGAUUAUUCUGAAUAUAGGCGAAAACAGCAAGAAAAGACAGAUUAA